AGAACGAUGGGAAGGAAGGUGAACAAGGAUUUGGCGCGAGAGAGGAGCAUUGCGUGCUUCAAUUCGGGAGAAUUCACCGCCUGGUGGCAUGGAGGAGCUGAUAAGGUGGCGGAGAAGAGACGAAAUGAGGAGAUGUACUUCAAGAAGCCGGAGCAGCAGUCGAAGAUUCCUCUCUCCUACCUUUCGCACAAGGAGUUGUAUGAGGAGAUGGUGAGACAGGGCACUCUGACCCUGUCUCAGAUCAAGGAACUGCGACAAACUGGUCCCGAAGAGUUGAGUCAUCAUCAGUUGAUACUCAAAUUGCGCGCCGCCGGCGCAAUUGGACCAACGAGUCCCAUUGGAUUGCACUUCUCCAUGUUCAUCCCCACGAUCCUGGGCCAGGCGACGCCUGAGCAGCAGGAAAAGUGGCUCCGCCGCGCCCUGAGAUGCGAGUUCAUUGGCACUUAUGCCCAAACUGAAUUGGGUCACGGAACUUUCAUUCGCGGACUGGAAACCACAGCGACUUACGACGAGAAGACCAGGGAAUUCGUCAUCAACAGUCCCACACUGACUUCCUUCAAGUGGUGGCCAGGAGGAUUGGGACACACGGCAAAUUAUGCUAUCGUGAUGGCUCAGCUCAUCAUUCGUGGCCAGAGUAAGGGAAUCUUCCCAUUCAUCGUCCAGAUUCGCGAUGAAGACUCACACAUGCCACUGCCGGGGGUGAAAGUGGGCGACAUUGGGGCGAAAAUGGGCCUCAAGAGCACGAACAAUGGAUUCCUGGGCUUCACCAAUCACCGCAUUCCGCGGGAAAAUAUGCUGAUGAAGAAUGCGCAGGUGCUGGAGGAUGGAACGUUCGUGAAGGCGCCCGUGAGCGUGCUGACUUACGGCACGAUGGUCUUCGUGAGGGUGAUGAUUGUGCGAGACAUGAGCAAUCGUCUGGCCCAGGCAGCGACAAUUGCCACGAGAUACUCAGCAGUGAGACGCCAGAGUCCCAUCGAUCCUGAUGAACCUGAACCCCAGAUUCUGGAUCAUGUGACGCAGCAGAGGAAAGUCUUCCCGCAAAUCGCCAAGAGUGUCAUCUUCAAGCUAUCAGCAGACUUUAUCAUCGACACGUACAAUUCCGUGAUCAGUGAGCUGGAACGAGGGAAAAUUGAGCGCUUGCCGGAGCUUCACGCUCUCUCUUGUGCCCUGAAAGCGAUCACAACGACUGACGCCGUGGCUGGAGUUGAGACUUGCCGCCUGGCCUGCGGUGGUCACGGAUACCUCGAGAGUUCAGGCUUUCCCAUGCUUUUCGGCCUCGUCACAGCCGCUUACACUUACGAGGGAGAGAACACAGUUCUUCUGCUCCAGACAGCGCGAUUCCUCAUGAAGGCGGCCAAGAAUCCCGACAUGUCGCCUACUGUGGGGUAUCUGAGACGCUUCCCUGAUCGCUCCAUCCGGACUAAAUGGGACGGAAGCAUUGGAGGGAUUGUUGAGGCUUUUGAAGCUGUGGCAGCGGCUAAAAUCCGCUCCGCCGCCCAGAGCAUUGAUCGUCGCCUGGGAGAAGGGAAGAAGUCUGGCCAGGCGUCCAAUGAAUCCUCCAUCGAACUCGUGGCCGCGGCCGAUGCUCACUGUCGAGCCUUCAUCCUGCGCGCCGGCCACGAAGCCAUGCAGAAGAUCAGCGGCAAAGUCUCGCCGGCGCUGGCGUCUGUGCUGCGCGAUCUGCUGGAGCUGUACGCCGUGGACGCGGCCCAGAAGGCGCUCGGGGAUCUCCUGCGCUUCACCACGAUCUCCGAGGCGAACGUGGAGCAGCUGCAGAAGCGCCUGGAGGGCGUCCUGAGUCGCCUGCGGCCCAACGCCGUGGCGCUCGUGGACGGAUUCGACUUCCCGGACGAAGUUCUGCGCUCGGCGCUGGGCGCCUUCGACGGAAACGUUUACGAGCACAUCUACGAAGACGCCAUGAAGAGUCCGCUGAACCAGGAACCCGUCAACGCCACUUUCCACAAGUACCUCAAGCCAUUCAUGAAGGGAUCGAAAUUGUAAAUAUUCAGCAUGCUUUGGUAUUCUUAUUCUAAAUAAUAAAAUUGGUGGUUUUUAGA